AUGACUGUGGCAGAGUGGGAGUUGCUAGAUAUAUCCAACCACGCUGUCGAGGCCAGCGACCCAACCCGCAUCAUGCUCCAAUGCUUAUGGAACACCAAGGAGAACAGCAUCACUUGGGAACCCGAGUGCGUAAUCCAGGAGGACGCUCCCCUUGUCCAGGAAGCCUAUGUUACAAUCAACAACCAUCGUAACAUUAUUCAAACCCACACUUUCAUCAGCGACAAUAAGAAGGCCGACAAAGGGGCCGACGCCAUCAUGUCGGUCUCUUGGGUCGAAUCUAUGGAAGUCAUAGAUGUGUUGGAGUCGUUAUCAAGGAGAACAGCCCCAUACUGUUAG